AAUGCUUAGAGUAGUUUUGUUUGUCCAGCCUCCCUCCGUGAUGGAAAACCUCACCGUGGACGUUCUGUCCGUGGAGAAUAAUGGCACGCAGGAGAACCAGACCCUGGGCGUUUGGACCGACUACACUGUUGAAUACAAGGUGGUCAGCGUGUUCCUGGUGUCCCUCAUAUGCGGGGUGGGCAUCGUGGGGAACAUGAUGGUCAUCCUGGUGGUCCUGACCACCAAGCACAUGCGCACUCCCACCAACUGUUACCUGGUGAGUCUGGCGGCUGCAGACCUGAUGGUGCUGACGGCCGCCGGGCUGCCCAACAUCACGGACGCGCUGCGCGGGCAGUGGGUGUACGGGUACGCCGGCUGCCUGGGGAUCACCUACUUCCAGUACUUGGGCAUCAACGCGUCCUCGUGCUCCAUCACCGCCUUCACCGUGGAGCGCUACAUCGCCAUCUGCCACCCCAUCAAGGCGCAGUUCCUGUGCACCUUGUCCCGCGCCAAGAAGAUCAUCAUGCUGGUGUGGGCGCUCACCUCCGUCUACUGCGUCAUGUGGCUCUUCCUGUCCGACACCAAGACGUUGGUGUACGACAACGCGGCGCUGCUCACGUGCGCCUACAAGGUGUCCAGGAGCCACUACCUGCCCAUCUACUUCACGGACUUCACCGUGUUCUACGUGCUGCCGCUGCUGCUGGCCACGGUUCUGUACGGACUCAUCGCCCGGAUCCUGUUCCUCAACCCGCUGCCCAGCGACCCGAAGGGCGGCAGCAAGAAGUGGCGGAGGGAGGCGAGCCAGGGGGGGAGGAUGGUCAGCACCAGCUCCUCCAGCAGCGCCACGGCCGCCUCCCGCAGACAGGUGACGAAGAUGCUAGCUGUGGUGGUGAUCCUGUUCGCUUUACUGUGGAUGCCCUACCGGACCUUAGUGGUGGUCAACUCUUUCUUAGACAAAGCUUACCUGGACAGCUGGUUUCUGCUCUUCUGCCGUCUCUGCAUCUAUCUGAACAGUGCUAUCAACCCUGUGAUCUACAAUGCCAUGUCCCAGAAGUUCCGCAUUGCCUUCAAGAAGCUGUGUCACUGUGGCCCUCAGCGCAUAGAGAAACCAGCCACGUAUAGUGUGGCACUCACUUACAGUGUAAUCAAAGAGACAUCCAAUGGGGAGAGUCCCGACCACUUUACCACGGAACUGGAUGAGCUGCACUCACCGUGUGACCAAUACCUACCUGCCAGCAUUAUGCCAAGUGCCAAAAAAGUGCAGUAUGUGGAGCCCUCCCUGCCUGACGGAGGUGUGAAUGCUUGA